AAUAACAUAACACUGCUAUCCUAUCUAACACGGUCUCCAAAUUCAAAUUCUCUUCUCUCUAUCUCACUCUCUCACCCUCUCUUAUAAAUAAUCUAUAUUUGAUGUUCAUCAUAUACACAUAUACUACAAAGGAUGGGUAUAGAAGUAGGUUCAGGUAGAAAGGCUCAAGUCAUAGUGAUCCCAUACCCGGCACAAGGCCACAUCAAUCCGGCUCUAGCGUUCGCCAAGUGCUUAGCGUCCAAAGGCCUUCUUGUCGCCGUUGUCACCACCACUUCCAUCGCCAAAUCCGCAAACUUCUCCGACUGCGCCUCUCUAACGCUACACACCGUGUCGGAUGGCUCCGAGCACGUGGAGGGGACCGAGACCGUCAAGGCAUACCUCAAACGCUUCAGGUGCAAUUUCUCCCGGAAUUUGGCAGAUUUCAUGGACAACCACAUGAGCUGCGCGAGGGCUAUUAUCUACGACUCGAUAAUGCCGUGGGUGCUGGAUAUCGCCAAGGACCGGGGUUUGGCCGGGGCGUGUUUUUUCACCCAGAGCUGUGGCGUCUCCGCCGUGUUCCAUCAUUUGGGACAAGGGUUGCAGCUUCGGUAUCCGUACGAGGAUGACGUGGCGGUGUCGCUGCCGGCUCUGCCCCCACUCGAGAAGAGAGAUCUGCCUUCCUUUUGCCAUUUGGUGGAUCCUGACCAAUGCGCUGUGAAGCUUCUUAAUGAUCAGUUCUCUAAUCUUGACAGAGCGGAUUGGGUCUUCUUCAACACCUUUGACAACUUGGAAACUCGGAUACUCGAGUGGAUGAGAAGACGAUGGGCGAUCACGACAAUCGGACCGACGUUCCUACUACUCGGCGAAGCCAAGAAGCACAGCAUCAGCAUGUUCGAGCCGAAGGCCGACGCCUAUCGAGAAUGGCUCGAGUCGAGGGAAACCCACUCCGUCAUCUACGUCUCCUUCGGAAGCAUCGCCUCUCUUGAAAAAGAGCAAAUGGCGGAACUCGGCCACGCCCUUCUAAACACCGGCCGCCACUUCCUAUGGGUGGUCCGAUCCUCCGAACUCGACAAGCUCCCUCCCGACUUCGCCAAUACCGCGGCAGGGAAGGGCCUAGUCGUGGAAUGGUGCCACCAGCCAGAGGUGUUGGCGCACAAAGCCGUGGCGUGCUUCGUGACGCACUGUGGGUGGAAUUCGACUCUCGAGGGGUUGAGCCACGGGGUGCCGCUCGUGGCGAUGGCGCAGUGGGUGGACCAGAACACUAACGCGAAGCUUGUGGCGGAUGUGUGGGGGGCUGGGGCGCGGUGCGGCGGCGGAGAUGGGAUUGUUGGGAGGGAGGAGAUUGCGAUGUGUAUUGAGAGAGUGGUUGGAGGGGAUGUUCGGAUUAGGAGGAAUGCUUUGAGGUGGAAGGAAUUGGCGGCGGAGGCGGUGGGGAAGGGUGGGAGUUCCGAUGUUAGUGUUUUGGAUUUUGUUUCUAAGAUUGUGUUUGAUGAUGGCAUGGAUUUUAGCCCUACCUCUGUUCUGGUUUGAACAAGUUACAUAUUAGUAGAAUGGUUAUAGCAUAUUUGGUAUGGUAGAUAAAUAAUCUAAAAUGAAAUUUUAUGAACAAAAGUGAGAUUUUAUUAAA